AUGUCGUGGAGAAAAUCUGUGAUACGCGGCCUGUUCCUCGGCGCCGCUGUCACAGCGGAUGAGAUCGAGGACUUCUGCGCAGGCGUUGAUGUCUACACUCAAGGUGGCGACAUCCCAGCCUUCGAUUUCAUCUCUCAAUUUGGACUCGAUCGAGAACAGCUUCUCGGCGUGACAGAAAUCGCCGGAAGUACUAAUCGACAACGCGCGUAUAGAAUCUCCAACGAUGCCAGCUUGGUGAAUGCGCAGACACCGGUGUUGCCAAAGGAGUUCUCGAUCAACUGUAUUUUGCGCAUGCCCGAGUACACCACGGGGCAAGUGUGGGACCUCUUCAAGAUCUUCGACGGAUUGGCCGAGUACUCCGUCCAAAUCAACGGCCGGCGGAAAACGGUCAGCUUCAUCGUGGCGGACAGCUCCGGCAAGGUCCUCAUCAACUCCGAGCUCAAAAACGCGGAGCCUCUCUUCAACACGGAAUGGCAUCAGCUCUCGUUGCAGGUGUACGGAAACCGCGAGGAUAAAAGCGUCGGCCUGUUUAUCGACAGCGACAAAGUUAGCACCUCAGAGUUGGGUCUACCCUUGAGCUUGCUUGAUGAUUUCCAGGACAUUCGUUCCGGCGAGCGAAGAACGAGCAUGGCAACUUCCGGCCGUGGCACACACAUCAACUCCGUGCCAGUGGACAUUCAAUUCUUCAACAUUCACUGCGACGCUCGCUGGCCUGAGUACAACGAUGCAAGCGCUCUUUACAUGGACGCUUACUCGAGCAACAACGAAGAGAUUUUGCAAAUCAUGGACCAACCGGAAGACUCUUCAAGCGAACUUUACAUUUCUCCAGAGAACGAAGGCUCUUUCUACACAGGCGAAAACAGAGGAGAUUCAUUCGGUGACGAGGAGCCUUGCUACCCUUGCAUGGGAAAGGAUGAUAAUAUCCAAGGACUUCCAGGAGCUCCUGAUCAACAACUUCUUCCAGCGGAAAGUAACGAUUCGUUUAACCCAGAAGGUGACGUUGAUUCACUGUCAGGCGAGCCUGGAGCACCCGUUGACGAGGACAAUGCAUCACCUGGCGAGAUACCAGACGAAGAGGGAUUCCAAGGACCUCCAAGAGGACCUCGACCGCAACAGAAAAAGGCAGAGAGAGAAGCGAAGCGGGCUGAGAAGGAAGCCAGAAAGCGGCGCAAGGCAGAGAAAAGACUCAAGAGAAAAAGUCGACAGAAUAAUUCUUCUUCUUCCUCCUCAGAGUCCUUCUCUGACAGCGUAUCAGAUGGCUCAUCAUCGGCCUCGGCUUCCUACUCGGACUUCGGUAGUAGUUCGAGUGCAUCAGGAAGCUACGAGACGUCAGAUGAUCCUAGCUACGAGUUGCCUGCGUUGCCGAUUGUAGAUUCUGCUGGGUCAACCUCAGCAGAGCCUGAACCGGUUCCGCUUGUGCUUUCUAGUACCUCUUUGGACAGCUCCCAACAGUCCAACUUCGACCAGUCUAUUUUUGUCCAGUCUGUUGUUGACGAAACAACAACUCUUCCCCCGACAACAACCGAAAUCCCGAAUAACCCAGCAGCUAUUCCUGACUCAGAUAAUGCUUCAUUUUCUAGUGCUGCGGGUGAGCCUGGAAGAGACGGACUCCCUGGUAGAGACGGCGAACCUGGUGCUCCUGGUGCUCCUGGAGAGACUGGACCUGCAGGUCCUCCCGGCCCAGCUGGUGAAGGUGGUGGACCACCCGGUCCUGCUGGUGCUAAAGGUCACGCCGGUCGACGUGGUGAACCUGGACCAGACGGAAAGCGAGGUCCUCCCGGCGAGCCUGGUGUUCAGGGUGAAACUGGUCCUCCUGGAGAACAAGGUCUUAUUGGUCCCGCUGGUCCUCCUGGUGUCCCUGGUGAGUCUGGACGGCAAGGAAAAGAUGGUGCCCCUGGUCCACAAGGUGUUCGAGGACAGCAAGGAAACCAAGGAUAUCCUGGUGAGCCUGGAGAGCCUGGACAACCUGGCGAGACUGGACCAAAAGGUCCACAAGGUCCUCAAGGUAUUCAAGGUCCAGUCGGCGCUGCUGGUCCUAUGGGCCCUGCUGGAGCCGACGGUCAGGAUGGCGAGCCUGGCCCACCUGGUGAGACUGGUGCUGACGGAAACGACGGAGAGCCUGGAGCUGAUGGUCAGCCUGGUCCCCCUGGUGAGACUGGCGCUAAGGGUCAUCAAGGCGAACCCGGUCCCCCCGGUGAAACUGGAGCUGCUGGUUUGAAUGGUGAUGCUGGUCCUCCUGGCGAGACUGGUCCAGCUGGUCCCCCCGGUGAAUCUGGACGACCUGGUGAACAAGGUCUUACUGGUGAAACUGGUAUGCGUGGUGAGCCCGGUCCACAAGGUCCUGCUGGUGGUCCCGGUCUUACUGGUGAAACUGGCCUGCCUGGUCCUCAAGGUAUUGCUGGUCUUCCUGGUCCAUCUGGUCCCAAGGGACACAAGGGUGAUCAAGGUGUCGGCGGUCUCGACGGAGCUCAAGGUCCUCCUGGCCCAGAAGGUCCUCCUGGAAAAACUGGUGAACGUGGUCCCCAAGGUAAUCCUGGAGAAUCUGGACAGCCUGGUGAACGUGGUGAGAACGGUGGCCGAGGUCCUAUGGGUCCCCCUGGCAAACAAGGUGAACAGGGUGGUCGAGGUCCAGUCGGUCCCCGUGGCCCACUUGGUCAACGAGGUGCUCCUGGUCCAAUGGGUAUGAUGGGUCCUCCCGGCAUGAACCCUGACGACAACGUUAUUAGGGAAAUCUGCCUCGCUCUUAUCCGAGAUGAGCUCAAGAAUUUGGAAUUCCCUAAACAGCGAAAUGGUCCUGCUGGUAUUCGUGGUUACCCUGGUCUUCCUGGUCCUCCUGGUCCCGCUGGCAGAAAUGGUGAUCCUGGUCCUGUUGGUCCAGCUGGUCCUCAAGGUCCUGCUGGUCCUGCUGGUCAGAUUGGUCCACAAGGUCUUAAGGGUAGCAAGGGUCCAGAAGGUGAAAAGGGACCUCCUGGUAUGUCUAUCCGCGGUGAACCUGGUAUGAUGGGUCCAGCUGGUCCACGAGGUGCUCCAGGCUUUGGUCGAGACGGAAGACCCGGUGAACGUGGUGAGCCCGGCCCAAGAGGUGGAUUCGGUCAGCCAGGUCCACAAGGUGUUGUCGGUCCCCCUGGUCUGUGUGAUCCUUCUCAGUGCUACCCUAAAUUCCCCGAGGUAACCCAAAAGGGACCCAACAAGGGCCCUGAGCCAGAAGAUGAUGAUGCCAACGCUUCCGCCAAUGUUGAAGUACCGGUGACCCGGGACAUCAUCCUCGAUGACUAUUCCUCUUUCGAAUCUCCCAACUACGAUAGCUACGAGAACGACGAGCCUCAACUGCCUACUCUCAGCAUUCGACGAGCUCGACGUAAUCGACAGUAA